AUGGACGGGACCCAGAACCUGUCUAGGACCACCAAAGUCUUCCUCUCCCCCUCACAUUGCCCCAGGGUGACUUCCAAAAGACCUGACACCCAGGGCCCCUCUGGCCCCGGCUCUUCCAGGGGAAGACAAGAUGGAUUGUGUUUUCCAGGCUCUUUGUCUCUGCGCGGCCCCAAUAAUGUGACGGGCACCGUGGGCGGAUCCCUGAGCGUGCAGUGUCGGUACCAGAAGGAACAUGAGGCAUUUAACAAACACUGGUGCAGACAGCUGUGCUUGCCACUUUUCUCUGAGACUGUGGAGACCAGCGCCUCCAGGAGAGAGGUGAGGAGAGGCCGAGAGUCCGUCCUGGACCAUCCUGGAAACCUCACCUUCACAGUGACCUUGACGAACCUCACUGCAAACGAUGCAGGAAAAUACAGGUGUGGGAUUUCCACGCUACUGAUGCAAGAGGGGCUUCCUGGCUUCUUGCCUGAACCCUUUUUCCAGGUUCAAGUGUUUGUUUCCCCAGCCUCCAGCAGCAGGAGCUCUGCAAGGACGCCUGGACCUCCCAGCCAAGACCCAGGGCCCCUGCUCAGCAGUGUCCACUUCCUGCUCCUCACAUUCCUGAAGGUGCCCAUGUUCCUGAGCAUGCUCAGGGCUGUCCUCUGGGUGAACAGGCCUCAGCGGGCAACUUGUGAGGAAACACAGUUUGGCUAAGACAACCUGCCACUGUCCCCGCCCAUCCAUGUCCUGUCCAGAGACACAGCCACUCGGGCUACAGAAGACAGAACCUCAACCCUGAACCUUACAUCCCUUUUCAGCUUAUCGCUAGAGACGGGGAAAAAACCCAUUUUAAUGACUAUAUCACCUACACAAACGUGUGUAUAUGACCAGUUGAAGGACUACAAAUAAACAUCUGUGUACCCGCCAUUCAGCCUAAGAAAUCAAACAUCAUGGAGA